CGGAGGUCGGCGGCGCUACGCGAGGCCGGGAGUUUUGGAAGGGCACAGAACUCCUAAAUGUUUCUAGAAACUCGGUUUUAGUUCACAUAGUCUACUCUCUUGGUUCCAACCUACAGUUUAUAUGCAACCUGGCGACAGAGUAAAAUACUUUUUGUGGCCACGCUCCAAAUGACAGAGAACUUGGAGCCGGGGACGCGUGCUACGCAAGCGGAAGCGGAAGUACGUUGCUGCCUCCAUGUGCUGCUCCUAGAGUUGUGGAAACGGUGUUGGUUGCGAGUGAUGUGGAGUAAGGCGCUGAGUGUGAUUGCUCCGGCGAGCGGAAUCUAGUGCUCCGGGAAGAGGCGUCCCAGGUUCUACUUUCUCCCUAGAUUGAGUGACACCCCCCCGUCCCACCAUGGGCAAGAAGGGCAAAGUCGGGAAGAGCCGGCGGGACAAGUUCUAUCACUUGGCAAAGGAGACUGGUUAUCGUUCCCGCUCUGCAUUCAAGCUGAUUCAGCUGAAUCGUCGCUUUCAAUUCCUGCAGAAAGCCCGAGCCUUGCUGGACCUGUGUGCUGCGCCGGGGGGAUGGCUGCAGGUGGCUGCCAAGUUUAUGCCUGUAUCAAGUCUUAUUGUGGGGGUGGAUCUGGUACCAAUCAAGCCUCUUCCCAAUGUGGUGACACUCCAAGAGGACAUCACAACGGAACGCUGUAGGCAGGCCUUGAGGAAGGAGCUGAAGACCUGGAAAGUUGACGUUGUGCUCAAUGACGGGGCCCCCAAUGUUGGGGCUAGCUGGGUCCAUGAUGCUUACUCACAAGCCCAUUUGACACUGAUGGCUCUCCGUUUGGCUUGUGAUUUUCUGGCCCGUGGUGGCUGCUUCAUCACAAAGGUUUUCCGUUCCCGUGACUAUCAGCCCCUGCUAUGGAUCUUCCAGCAGCUGUUCCGCCAUGUCCAGGCCACUAAGCCCCAGGCCUCGCGCCAUGAAUCUGCAGAGAUCUUUGUAGUCUGCCAGGGAUACCUGGCUCCUGACAAGGUUGACAGUAAAUUCUUUGACCCAAAAUUUGCCUUCAAGGAGGUUGAAGUUCAGGCCAAGACAGUUACUGAAUUAGUGACUAAGAAGAAACCAAAGGCUGAAGGCUAUGCUGAGGGUGACCUCACUCUCUAUCAUCGUACCUCAGUCACUGACUUCCUCCGAGCUGCCAAUCCUGUUGACUUCCUCUCCAAAGCCAGUGAAAUUUCACUAGAUGAUGAAGAGCUGGCACAGCAUCCAGCUACCACUGAGGAUAUACGGGUGUGCUGUCAGGAUAUCAAAGUGCUGGGGCGCAAGGAGCUUAGGUCCCUACUGAACUGGAGAACAAAGCUUCGGCGAUAUGUAGCCAAGAAGCUGAAAGAGCAAGCAAAGGCGUUGGACAUCAGCCUCAGCUCAGGAGAGGAGGAGGAAGGUGAUGAAGAGGACUCAACAGCUGGGACCCCGAGGCAGCUCUCUAAGGAGGAGGAAGAGGAGGAACAAUUGAAUCGGACCCUGGCAGAGAUGAAGGCCCAGGAGGUGGCAGAAUUAAAGAGGAAGAAAAAGAAGCUGCUGCGUGAGCAGAGAAAGCAGCGGGAGCGUGUGGAGCUAAAGAUGGAUCUUCCCGGGGUUUCCAUUGCAGAUGAGGGGGAGACUGGCAUGUUCUCCCUGCGCACCAUCCGGGGUCACCAGUUGUUAGAGGAGGUAACACAAGGGGAUAUGAGUGCUGCAGACAUGUUUCUGUCCGAUCUGCCAAGAGAUGACAUCUAUGUGUCAGAUGGUGAGGAGGAGGAGGAUGAUGAUGCAUCUCUGGAUAGUGACCUGGAUCCAGAAGAGCUGGCAGGAGUCAGAGAUCCUCGGAGUCUAAAGGACCAAAAGUGUGGACGAUUUGCCAAAGCAGAAGACGAUAAAGGGGAGGAGGAUGAAGAAGAGAACCCAUUGCUGGUGCCUUUGGAGGAAAAGGCGGUCCUGCAGGAAGAACAAGCCAGCCUGUGGUUCUCAAAGGAUGGCUUCAGUGGGAUUGAGGAUGAUGCUGAUGAGGCUCUGGAGAUCAGUCAGGCCCAGCUGUUGUAUGAGAGCCGCCGGAAGGGGCAGUCGCAGCCGCCACUGCUGCCACCGCCACCACCAUCUUCUAGUUUGAAGACUGAGAGAAAACCUUCCCAGUGCCCAGAUGAGGCCCUUAAGGCGACAGAGGCUCCACCAGGGACAGAGGCUGCCACUGGCCCUGGGAGUGGGGGGAGAGAGGACAGCUCCGACAGUGACAGCAGCAGCAGUGAGGAUGAAGAGAGCUGGGAACCACGCCGUGGUAAGAGGCGAAGCUGUGGGCCCAAGUCAGAGGAUGCUGGGUUUGAGAUAGUGCCUAUUGAGGACCCAGUGAAACAUCGGAUACUGGACCCUGAAGGCCUUGCUUUAGGUGCUAUUAUUGCCUCUUCCAAAAAGGCCAAGAGAGACCUCAUAGAUAAUUCCUUUAGCCGGUAUACAUUUAAUGAGGACGAAGGGGAGCUUCCAGAGUGGUUUGUGCAGGAGGAAAAGCAGCACAGGAUACGGCAAUUGCCUAUUGACAAGAAGGAGGUGGAGCAUUAUCGGAAACGUUGGCGAGAAAUCAAUGCACGUCCCAUCAAGAAAGUGGCUGAGGCUAAAGCCAGAAAGAAACGCAGGAUGCUGAAGAAGCUGGAACAAACCAAGAAGAAAGCAGAAGCUGUGGUGAACACGGUGGACAUCUCAGAACGAGAGAAAGUGGCACAGCUUCGAAGUCUCUACAAGAAGGCUGGGCUUGGCAAGGAGAAACGCCAGGUCACCUAUGUCGUAGCCAAAAAAGGUGUGGGCCGCAAAGUGCGCCGGCCAGCUGGAGUCAGAGGUCAUUUCAAAGUGGUGGACUCAAGGAUGAAGAAGGACCAAAGAGCACAGCAACGGAAGGAGCAGAAGAAAAAAAACAGGCGGAAGUAAGCAGAGCCACCAGGGCCUCUGAGAAGGCAGUGUUUGGAGGAGGAGCGAUUCUGCAGUUCACUCCAGCCUCCCUGUUACCAGCUGCACCCUGCUUGCAUCACAGUCAUCUGAAAAGACGGUGAGGUGUGGGGUACCUAGAACUCAUGGUGGUCUGAGCGGUGAGCACAUCUCCUGCCUCUUGUUAAAGCACAGCCGAAGGGCCCUGUUGGACUCCACAACCCGUCCCUGAAGAAGACAGGGCACUUGUUUUAAAUUACAAGGGGAACUUGAGUGUUGAGGUGGCAUUCACUCUAGUCUGAUUUCUGGGCCUCUCAGGUCUCUCCGUCCUCUUCUAUUGCCAUUUAAAUAAAACCAUGCU